AUGGUUGCAAAAAGGUCCAAGCUUGUUGUGCUGGCGGUACUGGUGUACUUGGCAACGUCGCUUUGCUACGUAUCGUGCAGAUCACUUCAUUCCAGCGAGUCCUUUCUGCCAAAAUUGCGGAUAGCAAGGACGCUGUACGGAACUCCGGAGGAAAAGUUCUUCCAGUUCAUGGCCUACAAAAAGCUGAAGAUAGCUGUGAAGAUGCAGAAGAUAGAAUGUUACAAGAGGUCUUUCUGCCAAGUUUCGCGUGCCUUGGGUAUGAGCUCCUCCAAGACGUCAUUCGUCGGCAGAUUCAUGGGUGGCGUUGCGGAACUCCCCGACUCCUUCUUGGGAGCGAUUGGAAAGGGAUGGAUUGGCCAAAACUGCACUCAGGCUUACAGGUCCUGCGACCGAGCCAAGGACUACGUCCGGCGCAUUGUAGACGCCGUCUUGAACACAAAACCUAGCGUGGAAUGAACACCGAGAGUGUAGUGACUUGUUGAAAGCUCCUUUAUUUAUACAAUGCGGACGAGAUAUAUGGCUCAAGAGGAAGCAUCCUUCGGCGCCUUCGCUACCGGUUCCAGCAGAGCUGCCCCGUGACGACUCCCCAAGCGGGACUCGGGAGACCUCCGUAUGCAGAUACUAGUGUUGCGAGAGCAUGCUUACUGUUCUUAACAUUGCAGUGCAUUAAUAAAUGACACGUUUUUGAGCUCUGAAUUUUGUGUGUGGAUACAUGUGAGCAAACGAAGAAAAAUUUACCACAGUUCCACCCAGUGUGAAAUCUGCAGAAACAGCAGAGCUACGGUGCUCAUGUGUUUCCCUUGCAAUUAUGUUUGGAUGUCUGUGAUUAUACGUUAUUUGUAGAGUGGAGAUGUACGGGAAAGGAUGUGUGGCAGCCCCUGCCACACCCGCCCUGCUACAGGGAACUUAGGCCUUAUACACGCUCGAGCCGCCCUUCACCG